GGGCACGUGCGCUACUUUGAGGAGUUCCACCGGCCUGUUAAGCAUGCUGCCCUGGUGACUGGGUGCUCUACUUGGUGGCUGCAGGCUCGUCAUGGUCUUCAGCUUCCGGUCACUUGUCAAUGUGGUCUUCAGGAGCCCAGCCGGCCUCACUUGCUAUGGUCCUGCCAGCACACCAGACAGUUGGGCCCUCCUGGGGCUCCUACCAACCGUGUCGAGGAGAGAUUGCUGGCCAAGAUCGUCGAGGAGAUGCCUGCGCCACCGUUGGUGUUGGACGUUCCCGACUUCGUCGAGUCGUUGGCGGAGGAGAUCGGCCGUUUACCUGAGGAUCCGCAAGGUCACCUGCUUGCUACUGACGGCUCAGCGAUCACGGAGGUCGCUUCAGCUGCCAUCGCCUUCUUGGAUGGUGAGGACCAAACGCCGUACCGUGCUGAGGUCCAAGCUUUGCUCUGGCUCUACGAGGCGCUCCUCUGUGCUCGGCGCAAAGGGCUCUACUUUGUUGUCGUCGAUUGCAUGUCUGCCAUUGACGCUGUACAUGGUCAUGGACGUUUGGCCAAGAUCCUUGACCAAUUUGCAGGGAUGCAGGCUGCUCUCGAUAGCCAUGGUGUUAGGGUUGUUUUGCACUGGACGCCUUCCCACGGGAAGAAGGCUCCCGACACCUGGCGACCUCCUGGACAGUUUUCUGAAGCUACGGUGCGCCUCCUGAAUCACCGGGCUGACCUCGAGGCUCUUUUGGCGGCUCCCUUCGGUGAGCUUCUCCUUGACGGCGUCUUUGUCUUCGGGCUUGCGGCCUCUGGUGCAAAGACGCUCCUGGCCUCCGGUGCAAAGACGACGGCACGUACAGUUGACCAGCGUGGUGCCUGGUUCCCUUCUACGACGGCUCCGAGCUCCUGGCUUGGCUUCCUGGCGGUCCUCUUCGGUGGGGCCGCUCUCUUCUUCGACUACGGCUUCUUCACCCGGCUUCGGCCGCUGAUGCAAAGACGACGGCACGUACAGUUGACCAGGGUGGUUCCUGGUGCCUUCUUUUCGACGGCUGAGCUCUUGGUUUGGCCCUGGCGGUGCGCUGCGCCCAACUUCCUUCUCGACGGCGACUUCAUCCUGACGUGA